CCGAAGACUCGUCUCUUAACUCUCAUGGCCUUCAAAUGGAUCCGACGAGAUUGCGAGUCGGGAACUGCCUCCGGCGUAUCUGCUGAUGGCUAUUCGUUUGCUUUAAACGCGACGUCUAGCACUGAGUACUCAAGAAUGUUUCGGACUGUCAUGAAACUGCAGAGCUUUCUGGCCCAUCAUCGCCCAUUGACCGGCUGGUCUCAUUCAGUCUUGGAUAUUGUCUGUUUUUGGCCACCAGACGCGGUGCUCACCCCGCUUUGCUCGCAGGAUACGGGUCGUCUACUUCCACGACGGGCAAGCUCGACCGAGACGCGUGAUAUUGCAUGUGGCUAGGAACCAACAGCGCCGAUGAUCAAGUUAGCUAUAGGGCUUGUGCUUUUUGGCGCGUCAUUAGUAUCUGCUGCCGUCCUACCUCACAUCGAUGUACGCGCAGAACUCCCUUCUCCCGAGUGCGUAAACGCCAUCAAACAGAUAGGACUGUAUCAUGAGGCGUACGAUGCCUCGUGUACACAAUUGGUCUAUGACUGUCUCGCACAAGUCAAUGGAACUGAAGGUGAAACUGCUGAUCUCUGGAGCGUGACGAGCUGCACUACUGCUGCGACCUGCCAAGGCACCUAUUGGACGGUAUUUUUGGCGCAAUGCUGGAACUCUGACGUCGACGAUGCAAGUGAUCUUCCACACUUGAAUUACAAUAUAUACGCGAACAUUGUUGGCGACUGCGCCUGGCAAGAAGGCGGAUGUUCCAGCACCUUCCAGAACUACGUCGACUGGUUUUACGGUGCCCUCUCAGCUGUUGAUGCCACCAUCUGGCCCGACUUUUCUACCGUAGAAGCGAACUGGGAUUAUAUUGUCGGCUGGACACUGACUGGAGACACUAUUCCAUACACCAAUUUCGAUGAUUGGCUUCACUAUUCUUACACCACUUAACAAUGGUCUCUCCCUAAAUCCUUAUGGAAGCGUGCUUAAUUUAAUGUUCGCUGUUUAAGCCCUUGCAAUAAAGAUGAUUAUCUGUCAAC